AUGAGUUCAUCAGAUGGAUCGCUAACAGUAUGCAGAAGCAUGGCCAAUAUGGCUAUUUCCCCUAUUCGAAGUACUGCGACCUCGACGUACACCGGUUCCACCAUUUCCCUUCCGAUCGCUCGCCAGCAGUCCAACAACACCGAUGGUCUAGGCGGAGUAGCCGUCAAGAAGGAGGGCUGGGCCUCAGUCAAGGAGAGCAAAAACUUCAUUCAGCCCUGGAAGCAAAAAUACCUAAUCCUCCGCAAAGAGUCGCUCGAUUUCCACAAAACCGAAGGCGGCAAAGUUUCUUAUACCCUUUACCUGAGAGAUGUAGUUAACGUCGGACGAGUCGAAGCCGCUGGUACCAUCUUCGAAAUCAAACGCAAGCCAGAUGGUUCAUCUAACAGCCCCGGCGACGACGAUGGUCAGACCAAGACCCUCCAGAUUAAGGUAAAGAGUGACGAUGACUUGUACGAGUGGAUUGAUUUUAUUUACGGUGCCUGCCCAGGUAUGGGCGGAGUCAGCAAUCCUACUAACUUUUCCCACGCUGUACAUGUUGGUUUCGAUCCAAAGACCGGAGAGUUUGUCGGUUUACCACCAGAGUGGUCGAAGCUUCUCAACUCAUCGGCAAUUACCAAGGAGGAUUAUGAGCGAAACCCCCAGGCUGUCUUCGAGGUCCUCGACUUCUACACCGAUCUCGCCAAACGAGCUGAGAACCCUAACCAGUACCCCAGUUUGACACCAACUCCUCCUGCCCAAGGCCAAGGCAACAAACAGCUUGGGUAUGGCAGUGGUAACUCUGUGGCACCUCCUCGACCUGCGCCCCCAGCUCCUUCCCAGCGCCCAGGUUACAAUCCUUCUCCUGUCCAACCCAACCCCAAUGCUCCGCGCCGUCCUGCCCGCCCUGACGAGCGCCCUACCCAGCAGGACCAGCAGCAACAAUAUCAGCAACGCCAGCAAAUGCAGCAAAUGGCUCCCAACUACAUGUCUCAGGAUGCUUUAAGAGAAGAGCAGCGUAAGAAGCAGCAAGAGGCCCAGAGACAGCGCGAGCGUGAAAUGGAGGAGCAGAACCGGCGCGAGUUGGAGGCUUACAAUGCCUCUCUCCCAAAGACCAAGGUUCCCCUUGCUCAGCAGGAGAUUGGCGGCGGCUACAGCUCAUCGUCCCAGUCUGACCGCUUCAACCCCUCACGAGCAGCCCCUCCUGCGCCAAAGGCCUCGCAACAGCAAAGCAACCUCCGCGCGCAGCGUCCUGCUCCUUCGCCCCCGACCGCCGCCUCCCAGCGCCCACCUCUGGCCUCUCAAGCUAGUUCUGGUGCUUCCCAGGCACAGCGAACCCCAAGGGCCGACAAUGGCGUAGCAAAUGCCCCCCGUUAUGCCAACGGAAGCCAGUCGCCACAGACUCGACAGCCACAGCAGCAAGCGCAGGCCUCUCGCCUGCCAGCGCCUGUUAAGCCCCUCAAUGUUGCACCAAAGCCCAGUCAAACUCAGCAGCAAGCUGAUGGCGUUAAAGCCGCCGAGGCUGCUCUUACCGCUAAGCCAUCGCCCUCAGAGCGCAAGCAGGACGUCAGGAUGUCCACUAUGUCCGAGAGCGAGGUUAUGGCUAAGCUUAAGGAAGCCGUCUCCAAGGAUGACCCCAACGUUUCCUACUCUAAGCAGAAGAAGAUUGGACAGGGUGCUUCUGGAUCAGUCUACGUUGCAAAGAUUAAGGAGACAGCGCAGGGCAUUGCCCGCGAUAUUCUGCGUGCCCAGGGCCCUCGGGCCCAGGUUGCCAUCAAACAGAUGGAUCUCGCACAUCAACCUAGAAAGGAGCUUAUUGUGAACGAGAUCAUGGUUAUGAAGGACAGCCGGCACCGUAACAUUGUUAACUUCCUGGAUGCUUUCUUGCGUAACAACAAUGCAGAGCUGUGGGUCGUUAUGGAGUUUAUGGAGGGUGGUGCUCUCACUGAUGUGAUUGACAACAACCCUUCGAUCUCGGAAGAGCAAAUUUCAACCAUCUGCCACGAGACUUGUAGCGGACUGCAGCACUUGCAUUCGCAAAAUAUUAUCCAUCGUGAUAUCAAGAGUGACAAUGUUCUACUGGACGCUCGUGGAAACGUCAAAAUUACUGAUUUUGGCUUUUGCGCCAAGCUUACAGAGACAAAGUCCAAGCGAGCCACCAUGGUGGGAACCCCCUAUUGGAUGGCCCCCGAGGUUGUCAAGCAGAAAGAGUACGGUCCUAAAGUCGAUAUCUGGUCUUUGGGCAUUAUGGCUAUCGAGAUGAUAGAGUCUGAGCCGCCAUACCUCAACGAGGAGCCCCUGAAGGCUCUGUACCUCAUCGCCACCAACGGAACUCCUCGACUCAAGAAGCCCGAGAAACUCAGCAAAGAACUCAAGGCUUUCUUGUCCGUCUGCCUGUGCGUUGACGUCAAGAGUCGCGCUUCGGCCGACGAGCUGCUGGCCCAUGAUUUCUUGCGCCACGGUUGCCCGCUUGCCAGUCUGGCCGAUCUGCUGGCUUUCAAGAAGCAUGCCAAAUAA